UACCACCUGCUUCUUCAGGAAGUCGCAUCCCGGGGAGCCCACUGACCGUGAUUGGCCCCGAACUGCGUCCCCUCUCCGCUCGAGAUCGAACAACUCCCUCUUCCUGCUAGUCUUCAGCAUCAUCCUGCAACGCAAUGCCUAUCGGUCCUAUUCCCACCGCUAUCAAGGUCGACUUCAGCAAGCCUGCCACCGAGCAGCCCGGCUUCCACAACAGAUGGCACCCCGAUAUCCCCUUCGCCACCUGGACGAAGCCCGGUGAGGUCUUCCACAUCGAGUGCUUCGACUGGACCGGAGGCCAGGUCAAGAACGACGACUGCGCCGACGAUAUCCGCAACCUCAAGACCGACGGUGUCCACGUCCUGUCCGGCCCCAUUGGCAUUGAAGGUGCCGAGCCCGGUGAUGUCUUGGUUGUCGAGAUCCAGGACAUCCAGCCGUUCCCUUCGCAGCCCUGGGGCUACACCGGUGUCCUGGACAAGGAUGCUGGCCCUUCGUUGCUCGACAAGUACUACCCCGAGGCCAUCAAGGCUAUCUGGGAUUUCGACGGUAUCUUUGCCACUUCGCGCCACAUUCCCCAUGUCAAGUUCCCUGGUCUGAUCCACCCCGGUAUCCUGGGAACUAUGCCCUCGCCCGAGCUUUUGGCUAAGUGGAACACACGUGAGAAGGCUCUCUACGACCACCACAUCGAGAUCAAGUCUGAGCUCCAGGUCGCUCGUCUCCCUCUGGAGAAUGGCGUCUACGCCGGUCAGUCGAUCUCUCCUGAGGCCUUUGCCAAGGUUGCUAAGGAAGGCGCUCGUACCAUUCCUCCCCGUGAGCACGGUGGUAAUGCCGACAUCAAGAACCUGUCCCGUGGUUCCAAGGCCUACUUGCCCGUCUUUGUCAAGGGCGCCGGUCUCUCCGUUGGUGACCUCCACUUCUCGCAGGGUGACGGUGAGAUCUCGUUUUGCGGUGCUAUUGAGAUGGCUGGUGUCAUCACGUUCAAGUGCUCGAUCAUCAAGAACGGUGUCAAGGACUUUGCCAUGAACACCCCCAUGUUCCUUCCCGGACCUGUUGAGGCCCACUACGGUCCCUCGCGAUACCUCACCUUUGAGGGUAUCUCUGUCGACGAGGACGGAAAGCAGCACUUCCUUGAUGCCCACGUUGCCUUCAGGGGUGCCUGUCUGCAGCUCAUCGAGUACUUCAAGCAGUUUGGCUACAGCGGCGAGCAGAUCUACUUGCUCCUGUCUGCUGCGCCUGUCCAGGCUCACAUUGCUUCGAUUGUCGACAUCCCCAACUCUUGCACUACUAUCGGAAUCCCGGCUGAUAUCUUUGACUUUGACAUCAUGCCGAAAGAAGGAAAGAUCGAGCCUAUGGAUAUGGGCUCUUGCGCUUACUUGAGCAAGAAAUAAUGUGAUGAAUCUGUGUAGUUUGAACGUAUUUGUUGAAGCAUUUAGCGGACUGUGCUUUUGAUGCAGUCUUUCCAAUGAACAUAUCUAUGUAAUACACCACUAUUUAACUGCUUUAUUGUAAAAUAUAGACAUACAAGCUG